AUGACGGCCAAGGGCGGCGCGUCGCCGGCGCCGGGCGGCGCGGGGGCUGCGGCCAACGGGCGCUUCUUCACGGUGGGGCUCGUCACCGCCUGGUACUCCUCCAACAUCGGCGUGCUCCUGCUCAACAAGUACCUCCUCAGCAACUACGGCUUCAAGUACCCCAUCUUCCUCACCAUGUGCCACAUGUCCGCCUGCGCGCUCUUCUCCUACGCCGCCAUCGCCUGGCUCCGGAUCGUGCCCAUGCAGCUCGUGCGCUCGCGCGUCCAGCUCGCCAAGAUCUCCGCGCUCAGCCUCGUCUUCUGCGGCUCCGUCGUCUCCGGCAACGUCUCGCUCCGCUACCUGCCCGUCUCCUUCAAUCAGGCUGUCGGUGCCACCACCCCUUUCUUCACCGCCGUGUUCGCCUACAUCAUGACCGUCAAGCGGGAGUCGUGGAUCACGUACCUCACUCUCGUCCCCGUCGUCACCGGCGUCGUCAUCGCCAGCGGCGGCGAGCCUAGCUUUCAUCUGUUUGGAUUCAUCAUGUGCAUUGGAGCCACUGCCGCAAGGGCGUUGAAGACCGUGUUGCAAGGAAUUCUUCUGUCUUCUGAGGGGGAGAAGCUUAAUUCUAUGAACCUGCUCUUGUACAUGGCUCCGAUUGCUGUCAUUCUCUUGCUUCCUGCUACCCUCUUUAUGGAGGAUAAUGUUGUUGGCGUUACAAUAGAACUGGCCAAGAAGGAUUUCACCAUUGUUUGGUUGCUGUUGUUCAACUCUUGCUUGUCAUAUUUUGUCAAUUUGACCAAUUUCUUGGUGACCAAACAUACUAGCGCAUUGACUCUACAGGUCCUUGGAAAUGCAAAAGGUGCUGUGGCAGUUGUCGUCUCAAUUCUGAUAUUCAAGAAUCCUGUGUCUGUAACCGGAAUGCUUGGUUACACCCUCACAGUUAUAGGCGUCAUUCUUUACAGUGAAUCCAAAAAGCGUAGCAAACCCUAA